UUUAAAGUAAGCGCAUAUGGCGGCGGCGUCUCUGUCUCGGCACCCAUGGCCGCGGAGGGCGGCGGAGGAGGAGGAGGGAAGGUGUCGUUCAAGGUGAUCCUCUCCUCCGACCCCAAGCUCCCCUUCAAAGUGUUCAGCGUGCCGGAGGCGGCGCCCUUCACCGCGGUGCUUAAGUUCGCCGCCGAGGAGUUCAAGGUCCCGCCCCAGACCAGCGCCAUCAUCACCAACGAGGAGACGUUAGUCUCACUAGUGCUUUCAACGACGAGUUCGAUGUUGACCGAUUAACUUGGUAAUCUCAGACGGAGGUCUGGCUCCUCUGGAGGGUCUUGUAGAUAGACAUGCUUUCUAGUCUUCUAUCUUUUCAGCUGUCUGUACUCAGACAGAUUUAUGCUUCCACUUGUUGCUUGUAUGACUUUGCAUGUUGGGUCAUGAGACCCAUAUUUGUAAUAUCAUGCUAUGUAUGGCUCUUCGGAGCCUCUUAAAAAAAUAUUUUGAUUCGUAGAGUUAUGUUG